CCCGUGUGCGUGUGUCUGUGUGCACCACGUGCGUUUCACCGGAUCAGCGUUUUGAGUCAGCUCUUUUCUGUGCCCGCCCGUCAGCCGCGACAACGGCAGCUCCAUUGUCAAUUCAAAACAAACGCCAAGCUUUCCAAGAGUGGCUCGAAUAAUCUCCGGUACUACGGGCCGAAAGCCAAGUGAAGUCACGCUUCCGGUACGGGAAAAUUUUGAAAUACCAUUUCACUUGCUCAGUGACGGCGCAAAGUGACGGUUAAGUGAUUGAAACCAAAAGCGGUCGGCUGGUGUGUUUGUGUCCGUGUGUGGAAAACAGCGAAUGAGUCACGAUGAAUAGGUGCACGGUGAGAAGACUGUUGAUCUGCUUGUUGAUCGCGUUCAUCGGCGUGGCACACAGUUCAGCCAGCAGCUACCUAUACGACUCCGACGAACGGUACCAGCCGUCAGCCACCAACCAACUGGAAGACGAAGCCGAGGAUACCGAACGAGUGAACCUCGCGGACGAUGGAUACCUUGAAAGUUUUCUUCAACCGGGUGCUUCGAAACGAUCUUCGCUCAUCCAAGUCUACCGGAGGGGAUGCAUUCCGCGUGGCGGCAACUGUGACCAUCGGCUGAACGAUUGUUGCCACAAAAGCUCCUGCCGCUGCAACCUGUGGGGCUCCAACUGUCGUUGUCAACGGAUGGGUCUUUUCCAGAAAUGGGGAUAAGCGGCGAACGAACUGGAUCAUUAAAAUCACCCUUUCCUGGCUUAUGUGUUUUCUUUCGUUUCAUUUAACGAUCCCUUGCAUUACCUUGCUGACUGUAGUCUUUAGUUUAACUUACUUUAGUGUUGGCCCUUCCAUGGUUUUCAGCCCCUUGUUCCUUUCUCCGCCCCUCUUUUCGAUUGUUGUACACAUGGAUAAACGAUUCAACGGACACGGCAAACAGGACUACGGCACAUGAAUAAGUAAAACCAUCCGGGAAAUCGACACAUUUCGCACACGGCAAAGCGAACUGGAACACUAACGGAAAACGGACUGGAACAAAGCUAGCGUUUGUAAAACAGCACGCCAAAACUUUAAGAAAAUACGACCCAGCUGCUCUGGUGGUGAAUUAAGAGUUUUAUACUAGAGAGAGAGAUAGAACGACGCAAGGCAAACUUCUUACCUAUACCAUAUUUACAUACAUAUAAACGCAUUUAUACAUAGUGCAUACCUGUAUACAUACACCAGGCACCCUUAUGAAUGGAUAUAUCACAUCACGUCUGCUCUUUGGUAAAUACAACGUCUUGACGAUCGGUGUUACCCACGGGUGAAACAACGAGAGCGGUGGCGCGUGGCGCGAUCUGCUCGUACAGGCAUACGAAGAAGUGUCAGUGCUGCAACUGGUUCAACCUAAAAGCUUCCUGUUUUUCACUGUAAAUCCUGUAACUGGCCCGUAUCGGUGGUGAUGGGUGACUGUUGCAAUACCGUUCGCUGGCUGGAACUACACUACCUACCACUGGCGGGCAACACGUUUAUGAGUGUAUUCUUAAAAGAAAAUUCCACAUUUUACCGAUAAGAGUAUUAAAUUACCCAGCUGCUGCUCGAAGGAGAUUUGGGACACUACGGUGGUAGCUUUGGCAGACAGGUCCGAGUGUCCAGCGCUUGAGAAGGCAGCCGUUGCCGUUGCAAGAAGCAGAUUCGAGGCUAGUGUAUUUUAAGGUGUGUAAAGAACCAUAUUCCUCGUUUUGAGUACGCCACUGUAUAAAAAGAGAUUUAAAAUCGUAGAUAAUGUGAAAACCUUUAAGAAGCAAUGAAGCCCCCAAUCCGACCACACACACGAACCGGGACAUGAUUCGAGGAUGGGAUUUGCGGAAGUGCCACUAUUAAAUUGCUUUGCAAUAGGGGGAUCAUUUCAUUAGCUUCAGUUUUAGAAAUUCAUCCGGAAAGUCCAGCCAGCACAAGUUGUUGGGGAAUACAGUCGAAGGUCCGGUUUCAACACCAUUAAAGGGCAUUCUGGAACACUGCAGCACACAUAAAAAUCGAAAUAGGAUGCUUUUUCCCAUUGAAGGCAUUGGCUCCAGCCAAGAUCAGAAAAAAACGUCGGUGCCAAAGGACGAUUUGUGCUUUCAAGUGCGUGCAUGCGUGUAAAGUAACACAAUUAUUCAUACAGACCCGGACACACUCCUUAAUAACCGCUGAUUUACUAGAACAAUCAAACACACGAGCAGAGUAUCAGGGGUAGUGCGACGAGGUGCCCAGUCCCACGUAGCAUAAGACCUCGGUGCGGUUCGUGAGGCACACAACCACCUACCCUACCGACUACUACCAGCCUUCCUUCUUUCCGUUGCCAAGUUACACCGCAUUGUCCACCCCGCGUGCCGUCAAUGGUUCGGCCCGGUUCGACGGGCUAAGAGCUAAGUAAUUGAGCAUACUUCCGACGCAUAGUGGGGCGUAAAUAAGACGACGAUUGUCAAGAGCGCAAACAGAACAGAGUAUGUACAGCAAACUACUUGCAAAGCCGCCGCAUUUUACGCGAAAAAAAACUCUCAAAGACGACUCCACAGUUGACCUGUCCCCUUUCGGUCUGGUCCCGUUUUGCAUGCCGCGCCCGGGCUUCUCGGGGUGUUGCCAGACUUCCGGCUUCUGGUGGCGUGCGGUGAACCGUUUCCCAGCCUUUUAAACGACACUAAAAAAUUCACUCCGCCACCAGGACUCUCCGGGAUACGCUCGACCGAUUUUGCGAAACCGGCUGCCAACAACGCCAGCCGUAUGCGGUCGCCUUUCGAGAAUUAUUUUUCGGAUUUUUUGUUUUUUUUCUGUCUGUUGUGUUCGAGGUCAACGAGACUCGCAAGUUUGGAAAAUUCUUUCCACCCACUUCUUAUGGCAGCAUCGGUGGGCGAGUGCUUAAAGCGACCCGAACUUAAUCACGAACUCAUCUAGUGUCUAAAAACUAUGAUAAAAAUCUUAGCCCCCCACACAAAGAAAUGUACUAUUCUUGUAAUACCAACUAAAUAUCUAGAAACAGGCCGAGGCUUAGCGGACCUGGGACAACUGUAUCGAGUGUACUGAUAAAACGUACUGUGUUUCGGUUCUGAUUUUAUGUCGCUAGCCUCGAACGGGCUAAGGGGGCAGUGAGCAGUGCAGUAACAUCGUUAGGGAGAAACAGGACUAUAAAUUUGAAAAAAUAAUAUAAAAUUACAAAAAAAAAUUAACAAAUGUAAAGUGUGGCGAUCGGUGGAAGGAUGAAACAAAUAAAACAUUAUA